AUGGAAUCACAGCAACCCCCAAGGGACUUUGACUGGGGCUAUCUCAUACAGCCAGACAAGAGUCCCUCUCCGAGACUCGAACAGCUAUGUCUAGGCCUUGCAGGCGUUAUCUCCGAACUCGACCCUUCAUCUUCUACAAAGGAGCUUACUCCUGAGAAAUUAGCCGCCUUUUAUCGUGCGGUUGGAGGGAAUUACGAUAGUUUGUUUUUGAACACUCCUAGUCCCUCUCUGUCGUUCAUAUAUCAGUCUCUGGGCUGCUUCCAUACCCUUCAACCGACAAAAAGUGCUUUUGAACCACCAUCCAUUCCUGCCUUGCUUCCACAUGGCUUCAUUCGCUGGCAGACAAUCCAACUCUUGUUAUGUCCAGAAGAACAUACUCCAUUCCUCCAGAGGGCAGUGGAAAUGUUUGAUAUAGUUGAUGCUCAUGAAGGAUACUUGCUUCCCAAGUCUAUUCCAGCUUCCGCCUUUCCUACACAGCCAGACCCUGAUAUGGUCAAAUGGCAUGAAACUGUCUGUAACCGCCUAGAAUUAGAAUCUGCCGGGCCGUCGCCCAAUCCAAGGCCUUCGAGUAAUGCACACCCAUCUCCUGCAGUGCGAACUCACCAGUCAAGAGCUAAGGAAGAUGAGGGCGACUAUUUCAGUCAGGGACACUACUACACCUCCUCGAGUAGAAAGCAACACGCAUCCAGACAAAACUCCAGAGAGCCUCAUAGCCGUAUCCCUCACCCUUUACGACAUACUGAAGCAGCCAGCUAUACCGGAGACUCGGGGCCAAAGACGGUUGGUUAUGAACGACCUGCCGGAGUUUCUCGCUCAAAGACAUCAAGUCAUUAUCGUGGCCAUUCCAGCCCACCAAGCGCAUAUAGACGAUCAUGGGCACACCCAGAGAUCUCAGGCGACGAAGACGAGAUUAUCAUUAUCGAACAUGGCCGUUCCAACCCACAGGCGCGAAGAAGUGAACAUAGGCACAGCCAGGAGCAUACGAUCCAUGAAGACAUCUAUCCCUCUCGAUCAUCCCGUGUCCGACAUCACUCCCACGAAUCGAUGCACCGCCAGCGGCAACCUUCACAUCACUCGGUGAACGAGACACCAAGGAGGAGAUUAGAUGAAGAUGAACCAGAGAUUUACUACUCAUAUCCUCCAUCGAAACAUAUCCCGGAGAUCAAACCGACCUAUGACGACGAUGCAUCAAAUGCAUUCCCAACACCAAAGCAUCACAACCACCCUUUCCACCCUAGAUAUAUAGACCUGUUCGACGAUGAUGGUAGGAUAUAUCUGAACCAGUCUCCCUCAGGCCCACGGCGAGGAUCAAGAACCAGCGCUCAUGCGGAAAACCCCCAUGGUUCUCCGCCCUUAUCCCCCACGACAGAACUGUACAACGAGCAAACAACACAUUUAGACCCUCGAUCUCGUCCCCAUCGCCACCAAUCACUUCGGGAAUCCAGGCCGAAGAAAACAAGGGGGGCCAAGGGUAUAGAAAUCCGUCCUCGGUCUCACUCUCGUGGCUCCCCAUCUCGUCGCCAACACCAUUAUUACCAGGACUACCGACAUAUAGACGAUCAUCAUAUCCACCCGUCACGAAGCACCAGGGAAAGGGAAAGGGAUCGAGAUCGGGAUCGAGAACGCUCUCGAUCCCGGCCUAGAAGAGGCGAGGAUGAAACCUGGAGUGAGAGCGAUAGUAGCAUCGACACGUCUGAUCACGACUACCCUGCUACGGCCCCCACGGCCCAGGGGUAUACUGCCCCUCUGGCUCCAAUGCCUCCUGCUGCCGGCCCUAUACCGCCCGUGAACACAUCUGGCGGAACGCCACGCGAGAGCAGUAGGCGAGCCAAGUAUGCUGCGAAGCUGGAGUCUACGUUUAAGAACGGGCUGCGGAAUAGUGGCAAGGAGAAGAAGAAGAAGGAUAGGAAUGGUGGGAGUAGCGGUGAUGCACAGUAUCCUAGUUAUUCAGGGCGUUCCCGCUCUUCGCACCGGAGGUGA